AUGUAUGGUACAGAAACAUGGGCAAUAACAACAACUGACUGGAGUAGGAUACAAGCCUCAGAAAUGAGACCCCUCAGGAUUAUUACCAAUAAGACCAGACGGGACAAAAUUAAAAAUGAGGAGAUCCGAAGGCAGGUUGGUGUGACGCCCAUUCGCAAUAAAAUUGAAGCACCUCAGUUAAGAUGGCUUGGUCAUCUAGAGAGAAUGGAUGAAGAUAGAGUAGCUAAGAGAUGCUGGAACUGGACACCAUGUGGGAAAAGACCAAGAGGACGACCGAGGAAACGAUGGAUAGAGACAAUUAAAGAUACUUUAAAUAGGAAUAACAUGCCCACCUUCCAAGAAUUAAGAAAUAGCGGUGAGAUGUUAGUAGACAGACAAAAAUGGAGAGAGAGAGGCUAG